AUGGAUGUUGAGGAGAUCAAUUCUGUUUCAGUUCCUCGGCCAUUGUCACCUUCCGAAUUCGAGUUUUCGGAAGAAAUCAGAGUGGCCAGAGAGAAGCAUGAGAAAGCAGUCCAAGAUCAUAUCAUGAAGAGACGAGCUGCUGCUCUUGCUGUGCCUACAAACGAUUCAUCGGUUCGAGCUCGUCUUCGUCGAUUGGGCGAGCCCGUUACCCUUUUUGGUGAUCGGGAGAUGGAAAGAAGAGAACGGCUGCGAGAGCUUAUGGUGAAGCUUGAUUCUGAAGGCCAGUUGGAGAAGCUGUUGAAGGCUCAUGAGGAUGAUGAAGCUGCUGCAGGUGAUGAUGCUUCUGCUGAGGAAAAAAUUCAGUAUCCUUUCUACACUGAAGGGUCAAAUCGCCUUCGCGAGGCUCGCCUAGAUAUCGCUAGGUAUUCAAUUGUAAAAGCGGCAUUAUGCAUUCACCAUGCUAAGACAAGAAGAGAUGGUGAUCCCAAUCAGGAAGACUUGGUAGAUGCAGAGGUCAUAGAAUGGAGACCUUUGAGGACUAAUUUCGAUGAGAGGCCUCUUUCAGGAUGUUCCUUCUCACAGGAAGGAGAUAUGCUUGCCACCUGCUCACUGAGUGGAGAUUCAAGGAUAUGGAGCAUACCAAAUAUGACCAGAAUCGCAAUUCUAAGGGGCGGUCACACAGAGAGAGCUACAGAUGUUGCAUUUUCUCCCAUUGGAGACCUGAUCGCAACAGCCUCCGCUGACAGGACAGCAAAAUUAUGGAACACAGAAGGGCUGAUCUUGAACACAUACCAUGGUCAUUUGGAUCGUCUUUCUCGCAUUGCAUUCCAUCCAAUGGGAAAAUACUUGGGGACAACUAGCUUUGACAAGACAUGGAGGCUGUGGGAUGUUGAGACAGGUGAAGAGUUACUUCUCCAAGAAGGUCAUAGUAGAAGUGUUUAUGGAAUAUCUUUUCAAGGUGAUGGUGCCUUGGUAGCAACAUGUGGACUUGAUGCACUUGUUAGAGUAUGGGAUCUGAGAUCUGGGGGAGGUAUUCUUGCAUUGGAAGGUCAUGUUAAGCCAGUUCUUGGGGUCAGUUUCUCCCCUAAUGGCUAUCAUUUGGCUUCCGGUGGUGAAGACAAUACUUGUCGUGUCUGGGAUUUAAGGAAGAAAAGAUCACUUUGUAUAAUACCAGCUCACUCAAAUCUUAUAUCUCAGGUGAAAUUUGAAUCACAACAAGGAAGCUUCUUGGUUACUGGUUCAUUUGAUACAACAGCUAAGGUGUGGUCAUCAACAGAUUUUAGGCCGAUUCAGACACUAUCUUGGCAUGACGCGAAAGUCACGUCACUGGAUAUAGCACGAGAUGGGCAAUAUAUUGCAACUGUGUCGCGUGAUCGCGCCAUUAAGCUGUGGUCUGAUAGUCAGAGUGAUGAGGAAGACAUGCAAUUUGGUUAA